AUUCUGGAGAUGUGAGCUGGAGGCAGGAAGAAAGGGGAGGAGCUGCCCCUUCAUGUGGGCAGUGGAGUUUCUUAGAGACGAGCCGCCCAGAGAAGCUUGUCCUGGCCUGAAGGUGCAGCCGGCAGACCUCAGGGAGGAGCCUGCAGCCCCCACCACCUCGGGGAGGAGAGAGACAGGCCAGGAGUGGGGCCGAGGAGAAGAGGAAGAAGGGCCCGUGGAUGGUCAAGCUGGCCACUGCACCCUUUCAAAGGUGAACACAGUAAAAUUUAUGACAGGUGUACUAUCAGACAACAGAGGAGAAUAAAAGCAGGAGGAAGUGUGGCAGCCUCCACCUGUGCAAACCAUUCAUCCAAGGCUGGGACACCUGGACGAUUCUGGCAUGGGGCUGCAGCCACGCAUCUUCCUCCUGGGGCUGCUGUUGCUUCUGGGGCAAGGGCUCACCCAGGCCACUACCUCUCCUGGUGAGAACACACUGGAAAAGCAACUAUCACCAGAGGCCCUGAAGAACUUUGUAUUCUCAUGCAACCCAAAGAAGUCAGGAUCCAGUGUGCCUCCGAACUCAGUCCACUCUGUGAGACCUUCUGAUAUAAAAUUUGUGGCAGCCCUGGGCUACGUGGAACCUCCUCCAGACUCUGGGACCGUUGACCUGGAGAAGCAAAAAUGGACGGACAGAAGGCCACAGCAGGCAUGCAUGGAAGUGGUGACAGUCCUUUCAGACAUCAUCAGAUAUUUCAACCCUUCUGUUCUGAGGCCUUUGUGCGCCCCUGGGAAGACAGUGGUGGCCCACACUGGUGCUCAAGACUUACGGGUAGAGGCGGAAGGACUGGUGCGGAGCAUGAGGGAGAACCAGCAACUUGACUUUCAAAAUGACUGGAAGCUCAUCAAUGUGUUCUUCAGUAACACAAGCCAGGGUCACCUCUGUCCCUUCGCCCAACAGCACAGGCACGCAGCAGGAGGUCUGCUCAAGCUAGCUGGAGUGCUGGACUACCUGCACCAGGAGGUCCCCAAAGCGUUUGUGAACCUGGUGGAUCUCUCUGAGGCUCUGGUAGUUUCUCACUGGCACCAAGGGACUCAGCUCAGCCUCGCAGAAGAGCCCUGCAGAUACUCAGGGGAGACCUUGAAGCUUUCCGAGGUUGUGACACAGUGGUCCUAUCAGGAGAGCUGGGACCGUCUCCUGGCCUCCAGCAAGUACAACAAGGAGGAGUCCUUCGCAGUGGUUUUCCAGCCUUUCUUCUACCAGACCCUACCCUCGGGGGAACAACCACUCCAGGAUCCCAGCACAGUCGCCUUGAAUCUCUGGAGCAGCAUGAUGGAGCCAGCAGGACAGAAAGAUGAGCCAUUCAGUGCACGAGAGGGAAGUCCGGUGAAAUGUCCCUCUCAGGAGAAUCCCUUUCUGUUCACCUACAAGAACAGCAACUACCUGCCCAGGCUGCUAAAAUCUCCUGAGGAGCUUGAGGUGACAGAUGCAAUGGAAAUCAGCUGCCCUGACAAGGACCCCUCCAACACGAUUCCCACUUCAGUUCACAGGCUGAAGCUGGCUGACAUCAAGGUAAUCGCAGCCCUGGGGGACUCUCUCACGGCAGGUAAUGGGGCUGGAUCAAAGCCUGGGGACAUCUUGGAUGUCUUGACUCAGUAUCGAGGCCUGUCCUGGAGUGUCGGCGGCGAUCACAACCUCAGCAGCGUCACCACCCUCGCAAACAUCUUCCGCGAAUUCAACCCUAACCUGAGGGGCUUCUCUAUUGGUACCGGGAAAGAAAACAGUGCUGGAGCGUUCCUAAAUCAGGCUGUGGCAGGAGCCCGAGCUGAGGAUUUACCUGUUCAGGCCAGGAGGCUGGUGGACCUGAUGAAGAAUGACACGAAGAUAAAUUUUCAGGAAGAUUGGAAGAUAAUAACCCUGUUUAUAGGAGGCAACGAUCUCUGUGAAUUCUGCAGUGACCUGGUCCACUAUUCUCCCCAGAACUUCACGGACAACAUCAGGAAGGCUCUGGACAUCCUCCAUGCUGAGGUUCCUCGGGCAUUUGUGAACCUGGUAAAUGUUCUGGAGAUCAUCAACCUGAGGGAGCUGUAUCAGGAGAAGAAAGUCAGCUGCCCAAGGCUGAUCCUUAGGAACCUGUGCUCCUGUGUCCUGAAGUUUGAUGAUAACUCACCAGAACUUGCCUCCCUCAUCGAAGUCAAUAAGAAAUACCAGGAGGGGACUCACCAGCUGGUUGAAAAUGGGCGAUACGACACAAGGGAGGACUUCACGGUGGUCGUGCAGCCAUUUUUUGAAAAAGUGGACAUGCCAAAGACCUCGGCGGGGCUGCCCGACAGCUCUUUCUUCGCUCCUGACUGUUUCCACUUCAGCAGGAAAGCUCACGCUCACGCAGCCAGUGCCCUCUGGAACAACAUGCUGGAACCUGUUGGCCAGAAGACAACGCAGCAUAAUUUUGAACACAAGAUCAAUAUCACAUGUCCGACCCAGUUCUGGCCGUUUCUGAGAACCUACAAGAACAGCGUGCAGGGUCAUGGGAGCCAGCUGCUGUGCAGGGACAGAGCUCCUUCUGCCUCACCGCCCACCUCAGUGCACACCCUGAGACCGGCAGAUAUCCAAGUUGUGGCUGCGCUGGGGGAUUCUCUGACCGCCGGCAAUGGAAUUGGCUCCAAACCAGAUGACCUUUCUGACGUCACCACUCAGUAUCGGGGGCUGUCAUAUAGUUCGGGAGGGGAUGGCUCCCUUGAGACCGUGACCACCUUACCAAAUAUCCUUCGGAAGUUUAACAGAAAUCUCAGAGGCUACGCGGUGGGCACGGGUGACGCCAAUGGCACAAAUGCCUUCCUUAAUCAGGCUGUUCCUGGAGCAAAGGCUGGGGAACUUAUGAGCCAAGUCCAGACUCUGGUGCAGAGGAUGAAAGAUGACCAUAGAGUGAAUUUCCGCAAGGACUGGAAGAUUAUCACGGUGCUGAUUGGAGGCAGCGAUUUAUGUGACUACUGCACGGAUUCGAAUCUGUAUUCUGCAGCCAAGUUUUUUGACCAUCUCCGCAAUGCCUUGGACAUCCUGCAUAGAGAGGUGCCCAGAGCCCUGGUCAACCUGGUGGACUUCAUGAACCCCAGCGUCAUGCGACAGGUGUUCCUGGGCAAUCCAGACAAGUGCCCUGUGCAGCAGGCCAGCAUUUUGUGUAACUGCGUUCUGACCCCUCGGGAGAGCUCCCAAGAGCUGGCCAGGCUAGAGGCCAUCACCCAAGCCUACCAGAGCAGCAUGCGUGAACUGGUGGAGUCAGGCCGCUAUGACACAAGGGAGGACUUUUCCGUGGUACUGCAGCCUUUCUUCCGCAACAUCCGGCUCCCCAUCCUGGCGGAUGGGCACCUGGAUAUAUCCUUCUUCGCCCCAGACUGUAUCCACCCAAGUCAGAAAUUCCACUCCCAGCUCUCCAGAGCCCUUUGGGCCAAUAUGCUUGAGCCACUAGGAAGGAAAACAGAUACCCUGGACCUGAUGGCAAAUAUAUCCCUCUCCUGCCCUCCUCAGAAUGAGCCCUUCCUGAGAACUCCCCGGAACAGCAACUACACCUACCCCACCAAGCCGGCCAUUGAGAAUUGGGGCAGUGACUUCCUGUGUACAGAGUGGAAUCCUUCCAACAGCGUCCCCACCUCAGUCCAUGAGCUCCGGCCAGGAGACAUCAAAGUGGUGGCCGCGAUGGGCGAUUCAUUGACUACAGCAUUGGGAGCCAGACCAAGCAACUCCAGCGACCUACCCAUGUCCUGGAGAGGAGUCUCCUGGAGCAUUGGAGGGGACGGCAUCUUGGACACCCACACCACACUGCCCAACAUUCUGAAGAAGUUCAACCCUCACAUCCUUGGGUUCUCCACCGGUACCCUGGAGGAGACAGCAGGACUGAAUGUGGCCGUGGAAGGAGCCAGAGCUAGAAGGAUUGCUGCGCUCAGAUCACCAGGGAAACGACACUGACCCGCUCUGUUUACACGGAGCGUUCCUCUCAGACGUGGUAAGGAGGGCCCCACGCUCGGCCGGAGUCUCCGAACCACAGGAAGCCAUGUCAGUUCCUCAACGUCACAGGCAGGAAGAACUUAUUUUGCUUCACGGGGCUUCAUGGGGCCAUGAAAUCAGCAUCGAAUUACUGUUGUUGCUAUGACUGCUGUCACCACUGUCCUCGUUUUAUUAUGAUUGUGCAGCCCAGGCUCCAUUCACCAGGGCCUGACUCCUCAGUCUGUUGACAUUUGAGCCCCUCUCUCGCUUCACCUCUUACUGCCUUCUCCGUUUUCCUGCUGCUCGGAGCCUCCACCAGGAGUCAGUGGCAGGGGAAGUAGCCGAGACGGGUAGCUUCCCUGUGAGCAUCUCUGAUGUCCAGUGAUAAGGGACAGGAGAGUAAGCCACUGACCUGAGUAAGCAAGGUUGGAAAGUUGUCCUAGGACUCUCCUUUACCUGCAUGGUCAUUUGGCACGAUGUUGGAUUAGAAUGAGCGCACCUCAAGAAAAAGAUAAAGACCACAGCAGAGCAACUAGCAUAAUGAGACCUGGGGUCAGACCAUCUGUGUCCAGAUCCCAGCUCCCAGAUUGCUAGCUGCGAGACCUUGGACAAGUCACUUAGUGCUUCAGUCUUCAUUUCCUCAUCCAUAAAUUGGGAUAAUAACUGCUCUGCUGUGGUAUUUAUCUUUUUUCUUGAGGUGCGCUCAUUCUAAUCCAACACCGUGCCAAAUGACCAUGCAGAUAAAGGAGAGUCCUAGACCAACUUUCCAACCUUGCUUACUGAAGUCAAUGGCUUACUCUCCUUUCCCUUAUUACUUCUCAGCAUUGUCCUAAGAAUGAAAUGAGAUUAAUAACCCAUGGAAAAUAUUGAGUAUAGUAUAGGAUAUGUAGGCCCGCCAAAACGUUUGCCAAUAUUAGGAUAUUUAGUUUCAAAGUUUUAUUCAAUGUCCAACUUCCCAUUCCAUCAACCAAUAAGCAAGAAGUCAUGGAAACCUGGGACGGGGCUCGAGCCCCAAGGUAGUUACUAAAAGAUACAAAAAAAUCAAAAGGUGACUUCUUUGUCUAUACGAAGAGCUUGCUGUCUCCUUAAGGAGGCCAAACAAACAGGAAAUAACUGUCGGAAAGAUACCCACAUGCAGGUGCAGACCCAGAGGGGACCCCAGGACUCAUCGAGUCCAACUUCCUCAUUUAAAAGAUGGAAAAAUCAGACCCUAGCCUUGUUCAGUAAUUUGGGCGAGCUCACACAGCAGAUUAGUAGCAAAGCUGGAGGAGAACCCAGGACUCCUAACUCCCAGAGUGGGGGCUCUUCACGCCAGGACUGGAAAAGGAAGAGAAGUUGUGGAUAAAGGCACUUGGAGAGAAGGCUCACGGGGGCUGAGGGAGUCUGCUCUAGCCUGCAGGGUAUAAAGAACAUGGCUGGGAAAGAGGGAGGAAGUGUGCACUCCUAACUUCGCUCAUGCUCAAGAGGGCAGCACGUUAAGAUCUGAACAGGCUCUUGAGCCUGUUGAAAGGUUACAGACACUUCCGUGGUCCCCUUUAAUCAAGACAGGCUUUCUUUCUAGCUUUCUGAUGUAUUGCAUCAAUAGCAACAAUGUAUGGGAUAGCAUCCUGGAUGUGGAAGUGAGAAAUAGGGGAGGGGUGGUUCUGGGUGUGCCUGGCCAUGUGCCCAGCUCAUCGUGGGCAGGCCAAGAUUUAAAACGCCCAUCUCGCACCAGUUACCGCUUUUAAUGACUUCUUCCACAGGAGCCUCCACUGGCUGUGUCCCUUUGCUGACAUAACUUUUCGUAUGCUUCACUGUUUUUAAAAACCAGCUUUAUUGAAGUACAACCGCCACGCAGUACCCUGCACAUAAAGUAUGCGAUUUGAUAAGCAUGGCCGGCGUAUGUGCAUAGCUGUGAAGUCAUCACUGCAAUCCAGAUUAUAAACACCCAUCACACCCCAAGGUUUCCUUGUGCCCUUUGUAAUCCAGCUCUCCCCCUCCCGAUCUCUACCGCACUCUCUGGGCCCCAGGUAGCCUCUGUCCUGCUUUCUGUCACUGUAGAUCAGUUUUCAUUUUCUGGAAUGUUAUAUGAAUGGAAUCUGACACGAGGUACUCUUGUCUAACUUCCAUCCGCCAUCGUUUUGAGACGCAUGCACGUCGUGCCUGUCCACAGUCCUCUCCUCCUUCUUGCUGGGUACUGUUCCAACCACAUGCUCAGCUCGUACCCAGAGUGUUCAUUUUCCUUAUUCGUGGCAGACAUCGGGGGGAGGAAGGGAGAAAGUAACCCACUCCGGAUUUGUCUCCCUGCCCACCCCCGCAAUCCUUUUUGCACUGGGAGAGGGAAAAAGCAAGGGGAUGGUGUGGAAGUCCAAAGUAACAACAGAGAAGAAAAAAGGAUUAAAGGAAUAGAAAGCGGGAUUUAGAAGUGAAGGUUAAGGAGUCAUGACGCUUGGAAAGGAGAAAGCAGAGGGAUAAUUUAAGGCUGUGACUUUUUUCAAAUAUACAAGAGGUUAUUUUUAAAACAGGCAGCCAAGUAAGAUCUGAACAGGCUCAGCUCGCUGUGAAAGAGCCCGGUGGAAUGUAAGGGACCAUCUCUAUGGGAAAGGGAUGAUCAGAUCCAGAUCCCCACCCCCCCCCCCCCCCCCCCCCCCCGCCAGGGGCCAGGGAGGACCAGGCCUGAAGGAGGCGGUGGGUGGACCCAGGCUAGCCCCUGGCAGGGUCCGGAUCCAUGUGGCUCUGAGGUCUGGGGCACAUCUUCGAUUUGUACUAGGUUGAGGUUUCUUGAGAAUCAAAAGCCUUUGGAUAUACUCUGAAGGAGUCAAGUUUAUAUAACAUUUCUCUUCUUGGAGCACCUGUCUCACCAAGCCAGGAUCCCAUGGCUUGAGCCUUUGCUUCCCAGCUGGCUCUAAGGUUCCCUUCUCUUCCCC